UUCCUCUGGUUUUUCUCUCUUUUCUUUUUUCUUUAUUUCUCUCUCAUGGAGGGAAUCAAAAUGAAGCCGUGUUGAGCUGUUAACAUCCCUUUUACUAAAAACCCAUUUCCCUCUCUCUCUCUCUCUCUCUCACUCACGCUUCUAGCCCUGUUCUUAUUUAUGGACACAAAGCUUUCUUGUUUUGUAAAUUUUGUAUUGCAUUUAAACUGAAUGGAAGCUAUUUUUGCUUUGCUUCUUCAAUCUCCCUUCCAUUUUUCUUUGUUCUCUUUGCUCUCAUUUUGCCCAUGAGCUCAAAUCUUGGCCUUUUUCCCUUUCCAUUUGAGAGUUCAGAAUAGUGUGUGUUUGUGUGGAGAAAUUGAAGUUCCGUACAGAAGAUUUUUCUUAAUAUUUUGAACUGGUGUUGAGGCAUUGCCACUAGAAAUGGCUUCUUGGUGGGGAAGAGAAAGUCACAAGGGAACCCCUGUCGUUGUGAAGAUGGAAAAUCCCAACUGGUCAAUAGUUGAAGUUGAAAGUCCUUCCGACGAGGACUUCAUAAUCGGCGCCGAGUCGCCACCGGGUCGAGCCCGAGACAAGGGACGAGGCAAAAAUGCCAAACAACUCACUUGGGUUCUUCUUCUUAAAGCCCACAAAGCCGCCGGUUGUUUAACCUCCAUUGGCUCUGCAUUGGUCAACAUCGUCACCGUCGUUAAACGCCGUCUUGCUUCUGGAAGAACGGACGCCGACACCGACGCCGACAAUGACAACGCUGACGGCGGCGUGAGGGAGAACCCAAUUGUUAAAACCAGGUUCUAUUUGUUUAUCAAGGUUUUCCUUUGGCUGUCGGUGCUUCUGUUAGGGUUUGAGUUGGCGGCUUAUUAUAAAGGUUGGCAUUUUGAGGCACCCCAUCUUCAAUUGGACUACUUGUGGACAACCCCAUUUGGGGUUAAGGAUGCUUUUGACUGGUUAUAUUCCAAAUGGGUUGUAAUUCGGGUUGCAUAUUUUGCUCCGCCUCUGCAGUUUUUAGCCAAUGUUUGUAUAGUGUUGUUCCUCAUUCAAACUUUGGAUAGGCUUAUUCUAUGUCUGGGUUGUUUCUGGAUUCGAUUCAAGAAAAUCAAACCUGUUCCUAAGGAUGCUGCUAUGGAUCUUGAGUCUGGUGAAACUGGCUACUUCCCUAUGGUUCUUGUUCAGAUCCCAAUGUGCAAUGAGAAAGAGGUUUAUCAGCAAUCAAUUGCUGCUGUCUGCAACUUGGACUGGCCAAAAGACAAGUUACUGAUUCAGGUUCUUGAUGACUCGGAUGAUCCAAUCACCCAAUUGCUGAUCAAAGAGGAGGUACAUAAAUGGCAACAACUCGAUGCCAAAAUUGAAUAUCGACAUCGGGUGAUCCGAGAGGGAUAUAAGGCUGGCAAUCUCAAGUCUGCCAUGAAUUGUAGCUCUGUCAAAGACUACGAGUUUGUUGCUAUCUUUGAUGCUGAUUUUCAGCCUGCUUCUGAUUUCCUCAAAAGAACAGUUCCUCAUUUUAAGGAUAAUGAGGAACUAGGACUCGUUCAAGCACGAUGGUCAUUCGUGAACAAAGACGAGAACUUGCUAACCAGACUACAGAAUAUUAACUUAGCCUUCCAUUUUGAAGUAGAGCAACAAGUGAAUGGCGUGUUUCUUAAUUUCUUUGGAUUCAACGGAACUGCUGGUGUUUGGAGGAUAAAGGCUCUUGAAGAAGCCGGUGGCUGGUUGGAAAGGACCACUGUCGAGGACAUGGACAUUGCCGUCCGUGCUCAUCUUCAUGGUUGGAAAUUCAUAUUCCUCAAUGACGUAGAGUGCCAAUGUGAAUUACCAGAAUCGUACGAAGCAUAUAGAAAACAACAGCAUAGAUGGCAUUCGGGACCAAUGCAACUGUUUCGACUUUGUUUGCCCGAUAUAGUUCAUUCAAAGAUUGGCAUAUCAAAGAAAUUCAAUUUGAUCUUCCUAUUUUUUCUCUUACGGAAGCUGAUACUGCCAUUUUAUUCAUUUACCCUCUUCUGCAUAAUUCUCCCAAUGACGAUGUUUGUUCCUGAAGCUGAGUUGCCGGCGUGGGUUGUAUGUUACAUUCCAGCUACAAUGUCCUUUCUCAACAUCCUUCCAGCACCAAAGUUCUUCCCCUUCAUUGUUCCUUACCUCCUCUUUGAGAAUACUAUGUCAGUAACUAAGUUUAACGCAAUGGUCUCGGGACUCUUCCAGCUAGGUAGUGCAUAUGAGUGGGUUGUUACGAAGAAAUCAGGCCGCUCGUCUGAGGGUGAUCUUUCCUCAAUGGUUGAGAAGAAAAGGAUGAAUUCUGAAAAGAGUGUCUCAGCAAACAACCUUGAGGAGAUUGAAUUAAUCCAAAAACAGGACAAGAAGUUGCCAAGGAAGAAGCAUAACAGAAUAUACGUGAAGGAGCUAGCACUAGCUUUCCUUCUUUUAACAGCCUCAGCUAGAAGCCUCCUCUCAGCUCAAGGGAUUCAUUUUUACUUCCUGCUGUUUCAGGGAAUAUCCUUCCUUCUUGUUGGUUUAGACUUGAUCGGCGAGCAAGUUGUUUAAGACAGAAAACUCUUACAGUUCAUCUGAAAAUGAGAAAACCAAUGAUCUAAGUUCCAAAUAUGUGUUGAAAACUACACCUCACCGCUUAAAGAGAGUGUGCAUCUGUCGGCCACAAUCUUCGUUGCCGCAUUCGUCGACCAAGAAGAAAGCUUGUGAUGAGAAGAAAAAUGCAAAACAAAAAAGAGAAAUGGUGAUGCUAUUGAAGAUAUAAGUGAUUUAAAAUAUUCUUUUUUCUGAUUUUGCUUCUAUUUUGGGGUGGGGUUGUUUGUGGCAAUUCUUUUGCAAGAAGCUAGGAUUCAAACAUGAACAAAUAGAAUUUGUUUCAUUCUGCAGGCAGAAAAUAGGAGCAGUCUGUUUUUACUUUUAGUUUUUUUCUUUUUGGGUAUUAAAUAUCCUCUUUUCCUCCCUUUGUUAAUAAACUAUGGAAAUAUUAUUAGUUCCUAUCUUGUCAAUAAAAUUAUGUGGAUGCCAUUAGUUUUACAUCA